AUGAGCCAGAGCCACUCAACCACAGUGGCUCUAACGAACCCAGCAUUCCCGCCAAAUUCAAACACAAAAUCCCAAAACCGAAGAGAACUCAUCUCCUUGUUACAGAAAUGGGAGCCCUAUCAAAUCCCACAAAUACGUUCCAAAAUCAUAAGAAACGGCCAGGACCAAGACCCAUUCAUCGUCUUCGAGCUUCUUCGUCGCUGCCCCAACCUCGCCUCCAUAGACUACGCCGUUAAGGUUUUCCGACGCACCCAAUCCCCCAAUGUGUAUCUCUACACUGCUCUCAUUGAUGGCCUCGUCUCCUCCGGCUAUUACCUCGACGCCGUCCGUCUCUACUUUGAAAUGGUCAGUGGGUUUAUAAUAUUCCCGGACAAAUACGCCAUCACUUCUGCUUUGAAAGCUUGCGGCUUUGGGUUGGUUUUGUAUGAGGGCAGGGAAGUCCACGCCCAGGCUGUGAAGCUUGGGCUGUCGACGAAUCGGUCGAUAAGGAUGAAGCUGAUGGGUCUUUAUGGGAAAUGUGGUGUGUUUGAGAGUGCACGAAAGGUGUUCGAUGAAAUGCCUGAGAGUGAUGCGGUCUCGGCGACGGUUAUGAUUAGUUGUUAUGCUGAUUGGGGAGGCGAUACGGUUUGCUGGACUGCGAUGAUUGAUGGAUUGGUUAAUGAUAUGGCUUUGGAGGUGUUUAGGGAGAUGCAGAGGAGGAAUGUGAGGCCGAAUGAAGUUACAUUGGUGUGUGUUUUAUCUGCGUGUUCGCAUUUGGGGGAUUUGGAGCUUGGAAGAUGGGUUUGCUCGUAUAUGGAUAAGAUUGGGAUUGAAUGGAAUUACAUUGUGGGGGGUGCUCUGAUUAAUAUGUGUUCGAGGUGUGGGGAUAUCGAUGGGGCGGUGAAGAGGGAUGUCAGUACCUAUAAUUCCAUGAUUGAGGGGCUUGGUAUGCAUGGGAAGAGUGCCACAGCUGUUGAAAUGUUUUGGGAAAUGAUGAACCGAGGCCAUAGGCCAAAUGAUAUUAUUUGUAGCCAUGGGGGCUUGGUGGAGUUGGGGUUUGAGAUAUUUCAUUCCAUGAGUAGCAGUCACGGCAUUCAACCGCAAAUAGAACACUAUGGAUGCAUGGUUGAUCUUCUAGCUCGUUCAGGGAAGAUCAAAGAGGCUUAUAGUUUCAUUGAAAGAAUGAAAAUUAAACCAGAUCAUAUCAUAUUGGGGGCUUUGCUAAGUGCUUCUAAGAUCCAUGAGAAUCUUGAAUUAGGAGAAAGGGUAGCCGAAAUGUUGGUAAAUUGUGACAAUGCAGAUUCUGGAACUUACGUUUUGCUGUCCGUGUAUGUUGCAUCGGGGAAGUGGAGGGAGGCUGCAGAAGUGAGAGCCUUGAUCAAGGAAGCUGGAACUCCUAAGGAGCCUGGUUGUAGUUUGAUUGAAGUGAACAAUGAGAUCCAUGAGUUCCUAUUGGGAGACACUAGAAACCCACAGAAAGGAAACAUUUAGGAGCUAAACUCUGUUAAAAAGGGAAGGAUACUCGCCGUGACAGAGGUGGUUUUGCAUGAUAUUGGAGAAAGGCAAAAGGCACUGGCGAUACAUAGUGAGAGGCUUGCCAUAUGCUACGGACUAAUCUCUACUAAACCAUGUACCACUUCAAGGAUAGUAAAAAAUAUGAGGGUUUGCAAUGACUGCCACUCAAUGAUCAAGUUGAUAGCUAAGAUUACUAAGAGAAAGAUAAUAAUGAGGGAUCGCCAUAGGUUCCAUCAUUUUGAGAACGGGGCUUGUUCUUGUGGUGAUUACUGGUGA